AUUUGGCAAAAAAAAUAUAUUUGGAUUUUUGAUUUGGAUUCGACGAACGAGUAAAUAGUUGUGCUGCUGCUGCUGGUCGGUCGUCUAUCAAUGGCGGAAGAAACCUCUGUAGCUCAUAACCGCGAAGAAAAUUCCUUUCCCGAAGACCGCCAUGAUUUCGGCAAGUUACAAUUCGGAUGCAACCAUUACAAGAGACGAUGCCGAAUUCGAGCUCCUUGCUGCAAUCGAAUUUUCACAUGCCGCCAUUGUCACAACGAAGCCAUGAGCUCUUUGACCAAUCCCAAGGAGCAGCAUGAGCUUGUUCGCCAUGAAAUUAAGCAAGUUAUUUGUGCGGUUUGUGAUACUGAGCAACCGGUAGCAAAAGUUUGCUCUAGUUGUGGAGUUAACAUGGGCGAGUAUUUUUGUGAGGUUUGUAAGUUCUAUGAUGAUGAGAUACAUAAAGAACAAUUCCACUGUGAUGAAUGUGGUAUUUGCAGGGUUGGUGGUCGUGAGAACUUCUUUCAUUGCGCAAAGUGUGGAUCUUGUUACUCCAUGGGCCUUCGUGACAAUCAUGAGUGUGUACAAGAUGCCAUGAAGAAUUUUUGCCCUAUCUGCUACGAGUAUCUGUUUGACUCGAUCAAAGGCACGCAAGUCAUGAGAUGUGGACAUACAAUUCAUAUGGAUUGCUUUAAAAACAUGUUAAAACAGAAACAGUAUCGGUGCCCUGUGUGCUCAAGAUCUGCUGUGGACAUGUCAAGAAAUUGGGAACUGUUGGAUGCGGAGAUUGGAGCUACUACGAUGCCUGCCGAGUUUCAGCACGAGGUAAUGAUCCUCUGCAAUGACUGCAGUGGUACAAGCCGAGUGAAGUUCCAUAUAUUUGGACACAAAUGCAGUAAAUGCAAUUCUUAUAAUACUCGCGUAACUCAAAAGUUUGAUAUUCAGCCGGAGCCACCGUCAGAUAGCUGAUUGUUUUGUCGGAUUUGAACUUGUUUCCAUCAUUUUAUAGUAUGCAAUCGAAGAAAUAUUCAGAUUCCAAAAUUUGGCUUCUGUUUGUAGAGUCUAUCUUUGAGUUUCUUGGUUCCUGAAUUAAAUGAAACUUUUGUUCACGCCAAACCUAUUAUUUUUGGAUCCUACUGUAUCUAUACUCUAUUAGGUAUAUGGUUUUCUGUGUACUUCGCGUAUAAUAUACAACCUAUUCUGUUUGUAAGCUUUGAA